AAGGCCUGUUAGAGAAUCGAGCAACGGAAAAGAAAUUCAAUCAAGAUGGAGACCGAAACCAAGUAUUUGCCUGAGCUGAUGGCGGAGAAGGACAGCCUGGACCCGUCAUUUACACACGCCAUGAGCCUACUCUCUGAUGAGAUUGAAAGAAUGAAGAAGGGAGGUGAGGAGAAAGGAAAGGAGGAAGGAGACACUUACCUAGACUUGUUCUCACAUAAGAACAUGAAGCUGAAGGAGCGCGUUUUGAUUCCAGUUAAACUAUAUCCAAAGUUUAACUUUGUUGGAAAGAUCCUGGGACCCCAAGGAAACACAAUCAAGAGGCUGCAGGAAGAGACUGGAGCAAAAAUUUCUGUGCUGGGAAAAGGAUCAAUGAGGGACAAGGCAAAGGAGGAAGAACUCCGGAAAGGAGGUGAUCCAAAAUACGGUCACUUGAACAUGGAUCUACAUGUUUUUAUUGAAGUCUUUGGCCCGCCUUGUGAGGCAUAUACUAGAAUGGCACAUGCUAUGGAGGAGGUCAAGAAGUUCUUGGUUCCAGAUAUGAUGGAUGAUAUUUGUCAGGAGCAGUUUCUGGAGUUGUCCUACUUGAAUGGAGCCCCACCAGAGCAAGCACCUCGUGGGGGUGGAAGAGGAGGACCUUCCCGUGGCAGAGGUGGCCCACCCCCUUCUGCUGCAGCUCCGCCAGCAAGAGGAAGAGCUGGUCCUCUACGCUCUCUUGUUCCUAGGGGAGCUCCAGGACGUGGAGCUAUAACACGUGGUGCCAGUGUAACCCGAAGUGUGGCUCCUUCACCUGCAGGCAGGGGUGCACCUUCUGGAAGAGCACGUGGUGGAUCUCUUCAGAGGAUUACUUUGCCACCUCCAGCCCCAGAGCCCUAUGAUGACUAUGGUUAUGAAGACAGCUAUGGUGAACAAAGCUAUGAAGGUUACGAGGGUUAUUACAACCAGAGCCCAGCAGAGACCGAGUAUUAUGACUAUGGACAUGGUGAGAGCUUAGAAUCCUAUGACAGCUAUGGGCAAGACAAUUGGAAUGGAUCUCGGCCAUCCAUGAAGGUUCCAUCUGCUCCUAAAGGCAGUAGCUACAGAGAUCACCCAUACAGACGCUUCUAAGACUGCUACUCUUCCAAACAAUUAUUACUGAUAUGUUGUGUCCCAGGACUUCUGUUCCUUAACCCACAACACAAGUAAAUUCUCUGUACUAUGUGACUCCUUUCCUUCAACCCUUUCAUCCCUUAACCCAUCCCAAAAUCCUCCUAAUAGGACCUGUCUUAAAACUGGAGGAACAAAAAACAAAAUCCCCCCCCACAUCUGUGAAUAUUUAGAACCAUUUUACGUUCAUUGUUUAAAAAUAAACAAAAACCCUUAAAAAUGCUUUUCAUGCAAGAAAGAGCAGUUAAAAUAGUAUUUUAAGUGACUUUGUUACAAACUGAGGAUUUCUAACAAAACGUUCAAUGUUAGCUGUAGAUUAUGUCCUGAAGCAAGCUGCAUUUCAAUAUUCCAUUUUUUUUAUUUGAGUUAGCGCAAUUAGCUGUAAUAUUGUAUGCUGUUUAAAAACCCAGGCUUUGACUUUGUAAUUAAAAUCCGCUUUGUUUUAUGUUAUUAAACCUUAUGGACAAAUC